AUGAUAUCAACAGCUUAUAAUCGUCCAUCAAGCGUUCUAGUACCACAUGUCGUUACCAACAGCCAUCUACACGUCCUAAGCAUGGUUCCGACCUGGGAAAGAGGCACUGAAUUUCCCUACUAUGCUACGGAUGACAGCCAAUGGUCUUCAGCUCCUUGGCGCGGAGAAUUCCCUCACAAUCUCAUCUUCUCCCCAGAUAUCGAGUGUUUUCAAGGCGCUAAUAUUGAUUCUGACUACGCAUGGCAAAGUAUCUGGACAUAUCCAUCAACCGAAGACCAAGUCAAGGCACAACAGAAUGUCGGAUUUGACUCUACACUCCAGACGGGGCUCAGCUACGGAGGCUACAUGUCAGCGGAUUCCGGAGAGCAAUCAUCUACUGCCCUGCUCACACCCUCUCCUGAACGCUCAUUUGAAGAUCACGCAGUUUUUCCGAGCGGACAAGUCGAGAACUUGGAUCCAUAUCAAACAAUCUAUCCAGGUAUAGGCUUUAUCUCAUAUCCCGAAAAAAUAGGAACUAAACUCUUUUUACAGCGCCUAGCUUCUCUGCCAAAGCCUUAUUUUCAGAUUUACGCUUUACCAACCUUGGGAAACUUGGUGAACAUAUUGACGUUUCGACAUUGCUGGACGAUGUACAAAGACAACAUUGGAUGCUAA